AUGUUCCCCAUCCAAGACACUGACUAUCCUAUCCUUGAGCCAUUGGUUAUACCUCCAAGGAAGGCAAGUCCACUAGGGAUGCUCACCAGAGGUUACCAUUUCAUAGAGUUGAGCAAUGGAGCCGGCUUGGAAAUUCAUCUGGGCCACACCGGGAAACCAUGCCUGGGAUGUGAUGACAACCACAGUCUAGCAGAGGACAACUCACUGGAGGGUGAUUCCCAGGUGGACGGUACCAGGGACAAUUUUCCAGGUGCCCCAUCAGACAAUGAGGAAGGAGGAUUAUUAGAAGAAGAAGAAGUAAUCACAAUAGGUGAUAUGCCCAAAAGGACUGGCUCCACUGACAUCAAUGGCAACACAAUGAUGCUUCUGGUAGACAAAUCUGCUGACCCUGUCCCAAUGCUGCCCGCUUGGACAUUCAGUUCUUGGGUUAUAUCAGGCAAGUCAGAAGAAGCCUCAAACAUGGGUGACAAACAGUGCAUUACUGCACAAGGUCCCACCUGCCCUCAACCGGGUAUCAAUGUCCUGCUUGAUUGGAAGCAGGACCCCCUCAGGCAGUAUCACUCGAGGGCUUUUGUUAUGGAUGGGAACUUGAACGCAGAGCGCAUGAAGUCAAAGAACCCCAAUGAUGAUAUCCCAUUGGCCAAUGACACAGCAUUUUUGACGGCAAACCAACCAUACAUGGAGCACCUUAAAAUCGCCAAAGAAAAUAAAGUGGGGUCUACUUGUAAUUACCACAGAGCUGUAAACCUGGCAAACAAGGACUGGAAGCACCUCAAUGCUACCGGAAUUGGUGCUACUGCCUGCACCCAGCAUGGAGUAUUUUGCCCGGGUGCCAUAGUGGAUUUUCAGAAAGGUGAACACCAAAUGAACAUGAACUAUUCCCUGUGUCAGAUCUUGUCUUCAUUGGCCAGGACCGACUUCGUUAUAGUUCUCUACAAUAUAAUGUGCCAAUACGGUAAACACUACUCAAAGAGGGUUCUUGAAAGUCCUUAUCUUCAGGUCCCCAGUGGUGUAUCCAUGUACAAGGGCAUUGAUUAUAUCAUAUUCAUGGACAUCAUCUGCUUCCCAAGAUACACCCCUAACUUCAUCCCCAGGGCUGGGCAGGUUGAUGGUGAGAUAUUAGAAACACUUUGGGCUCCCCUCAAUGAAGUCUCUGGAAGCACCUGGGUUAUGAGCAAGUCAUAUAGGCAAGAAAUAUUGGAUGAUCACAUGAGUGAUUCCAAUUGGAAGAAGCCUAUACAAAUGGUCCUGGCACUUUGCAAGAAGUUCAAAAAGCAAAGCAGAAAUCCAGCUGCAUUUAUCACAACUGGAAACAAGAAAUGGAGUGGUUUGAGGAACCGCUGCUUGGUUAGCAGUGGGUCUGAAGUUGGAAGAGAUUCACUGCAAAUUCAUGUAAAACAAAUCAACAAAAGGGCACAACCGCAGAAAAACUGGAGUUAUAGGAAAGGUGUCAACACUUGCUCUCCCGUAGAUGCUCUCAACCUCAAGGUUGAAAGGUAUCUAGGUAAUAUCAAUGUUGCCGAGUUUCUUGAGAAGGUCCCGGGGUGGCCAAACUUUGACAAAGACAACAAUGCAGAAGAAAUAAAUCUGUUUGACCUCCCGGGUUCCUUCAAUGGCAAUGAUGAGCCUAUUGGGAGGAGAAAAUUGGUGUUACCCUCUAACUUAGGAAAAAGCACUUGCAAAAUUAAAGGCCUACAUCAUCUAGUGAGGGCUUGGGCAGAGAUUACCCGUGUGGAAGCCAAUGUCAAAGUCCACUCAGCCAUAUAUAAGAGAGCCCAGCAUGCAAUUAUAUCUCUGGGGUGCCGGGCAGAAAUAUUACAAAAAUAUCAAGAGCUCAAACCAGACCACCUCAAGGCAAGUACCUAG